GCGACUAGAGCCUCUGCAUUUGCUCAACAGAGCCAACCAAGUGUUGUUUAAAUUUAUCUUCCGCUGAGCCAUUUUGGAUUAAACUUUUGCGUUGGAUCAAAAUGUUCUGAAACCUAAAAGUAAAUAUUGAUAUUUCCUACUCGGUUACUUGUUAAGAGUGUGUCACUCGUGUAAAAGUUCAAAAAAUGAACCGUGAACAGUUUUAAGCGUUUGUGCAAAAUUUUGAUUUGAAAGUGUUCUUGUGUGAAACCAAUCUCCCUCACCGAUGUCGUGGUACGACGAGGCAAGCAGCGAAGAUCGGGCGGAAUCGCCACAGGCCCUCGCUCGCCCCGAGUUGGUCACCGUAAAAAUCGAGCAAGUGGACAGUGAUUCAAAGGAGCCUGAAGAAACAAAACAAGAUUCUUCAGGAUGCGGAGUCCCACUGAUCGUGAAGAUUGAGUCCCGGCUGGCUAGCAGGAGACACACACCUGCAGCUAAUGAGAAGCAUAAUUAUGUGGAGACAAUGCAAAAUGGUGGCAGUGAUGAUGCAGAUCAUCGCCUGCUCAAGUCUCAAUCGGAAUACGUGCUAAUGAAGAAACAAACGUUCGCGGACGUCGACAAGAGGGUGUUCCUCGACUUGUUAAAAAAGUACCAAAAAGUAAUGGACAACAAGAGAUUGGACUAUGAGACGAUGCGCGAGAGGAACGUCGCGUGGAACCGUAUCACAGCCGGAAUACAACCACAAUCCGUCCACCAUGACUCGGGCGCGUCUGCUGCCGCAGUGCCGUUCCGCAACGAGUGCCCCGUGUGCCGCAAGACGUUGGCGACGCCUUCGGGCCUCCAGCGGCACCUCGCCAACCACUCCAGGGAGAGUUUCGCCUGUCGCGUCUGUUACAGGCAAUUUUUUAAGCAGGAGUCGCUUGAUAAGCACUUCAAGGUUCACGAGAAACCGUCCAGCUACGCUUGCGACCAGUGCGCGAAGACUUUUAAAUCGAAAUCCAACCUUCAUCAACACCAAAAACUUCACUUGAAGGUACUACCGUACUACUGCAAAACAUGCGAGAAAAGUUUCGUCGUCAACUGCCACUAUAAAAGACAUUUGGAAGCCGGAAAAUGCGUGAAACCGUCGAGUUUAAUUUGCCUUUUAUGCAACAAAAAUUUCAGCAGAGACCUUUUACUAAAAACGCAUUUAAAGAGCCAUGAGUUGGACAGACCCUUUCGCUGCGACACAUGCGACAUGACGUUCAAGUACAAAAGCACUCUUGUGCGACACAUGCAGGUGCAUAAAAAUCUUCGCCCUUACAAAUGCAAAUACUGCGACAAGACUUUCACCGCCUUUGGCUUGAUAAAGCCGCACCUGCGCAAGCACACCGGCGAGCGCCCCUACCCCUGCGACAUAUGUUUCAAAGGCUUCAGUCACAAACAGAACAUGGAACGGCAUAAGUUACGUCACAACAAAGUCAAACAAUUGAUUUGUGAAAUUUGCCAUAAACAAUUCCCUAGAGAGAGUCGUUUAAAAUACCACAUGCGAACUCAUUUGAUCGACAAAUUGCCUUUCAAAUGUCCGCUUUGUCAUAAAUGUUACUCCCAUAGACAAAAUAUUCAAAGGCAUUACAAGAAAAAACAUCCGAACGAAACUUAUGAGUGCAAAGAAACGGACGCCAGUGUGGCCAGUAUCAUUUGGGAGGCGUUAAAAAAAAAGCAACAGGAAGAGAAUGUUUACAAAGUGUUGCCAGCGGAGAAAGACGGGUGCAAAGUGUUGCCCGUUGAAAACGUUGAGGUAAAAGUGGAAUUACAGGAAAGUAGUGAUGAAGAGUUUUUGUCGGAAGUACGGAAUAGAAAGUGUCAAAAUGUUGAAACUAUUAUUCCAUAAAUUUUAUAUAAUAUGCACAAGGUCGCUAAGUGUCGUAGAAAAUUUAUUUUUUAUUCUUUCCAAGGUAUAUUUAUACAUGGACAGAUGAACAAAUCACUACUAAAUCUAAAAGAUGUAUACGGAAUGUUUUUUAAAUGGGAUAGUAUGGGGAAAUCCGAAACCAUAGAAGAGACAAGCAAACUGUCUUAGGAACCAUUAAGUCUUUUUUUGUGAACUUAAUUAUGGCAUACACGGGACAACUCUAAUUACUAAUUAUACACAAAAAAGUAUUUUGAACAUCGAGGGAUC